AUGGAGAGAAUGAAAAUGUUGAUGUUUUUUGUGAUGGCGCUAAUGUUUUGCAAUGUUUCAGCUUCAUCAAGGCUAUUUAACGAUCAUGAGAGGCACAAUAGGAGAAAUCUUCUGGCCAAUGGCCUUGGUGCCACUCCUCCAAUGGGGUGGAACAGCUGGAAUCAUUUUAGAAGUGACGUAAACGAAACUCUUAUCCGAGAAACAGCUGAUGCACUUGUUUCUAGCGGUCUUUCCAAGGUUGGAUACGUUUAUGUCAACAUAGAUGAUGGCUGGGGUGAAAUAGCUCGUGAUGGGGAGGGUAAUAUGGUAGCACACAAAACAAAAUUUGCUUCCGGAAUAAAAGCUCUUGCAGAUUAUGUUCACGGGAAGGGUCUUAAGCUUGGGAUUUAUUCAGAUGCAGGGUAUUUUACUUGUAGCAAAAAGAUGCCCGGUUCACUUGGUCAUGAAGAGCAAGAUGCUAAGACUUUCGCAUCGUGGGGAGUUGAUUACUUGAAGUAUGACAACUGUGACAAUGAUGGAAUAAAGCCCACUGUUAGAUACCCUAUCAUGACUCAAGCUUUGAUGAAAGCAGGCCGUCCAAUCUACUUCUCACUAUGUGAAUGGGGAGACAUGCACCCUGCAUUAUGGGGUAAUCCAGUGGGAAAUAGCUGGAGAACAUCUGAUGACAUUACAGACAAAUGGGACAGUAUGCUUUCAAAGGCAGACGUAAAUGAAAUUUAUGCUGAUUUUGCAAAACCUGGUGGUUGGAAUGAUCCUGACAUGCUAGAGAUAGGAAAUGGAGGGAUGAACAAAUCUGAAUAUAUUGUUCACUUCAGUUUAUGGGCCAUUUCCAAGGCUCCUCUUCUUAUUGGCUGUGAUGUUCGAAAUAUGACUGAAGAGACUAAAAUGAUAUUAUCAAAUACUGAGGUUAUUGCAGUUGACCAAGAUCCACUUGGUGUACAAGGUAAAAAGGUUAGGAACGAAGGCGCUCUUGAGGUUUGGGCAGGUCCUCUUACAGAUUCCAGGGUUGCUGUAGUCCUACUUAAUAAAGGUCGUCGUCGAAAGGCCAUCACUGCUUUAUGGGAAGAUAUUGGCAUUCCACCUGCAAGUCUUGUUGAAGCAAGAGACCCUUGGGAGCACAAGACAUUGGAAAGACACUUCGUGGGAAAUUUGACUGCCACUGUUGAACCACAUGCUUGUAAAAUGUAUGUGUUGAAGCCAAUAGGUUGA